CUUUAUCGUAGAACUUAGGUUACCUUACCUAGGUGCAAUCCCGUACGGCUGGAGGGUCGUUCCCAAGUCACACUUUCAAAAGAAAGACAGAAGCAAAACUAACCUGCAAACUCAGUUCAUCGCACCCAGUGCUAGUGAGUGAGAUAGUCGACCUCUGGCAGGUUGAUUUUCACCAAAUGGCGCCGUUUCCCACGUUUGAGCUUCCGAAGUAUCUCCUAUCGGACCGAGAGCAUGCAAAGUAUGUGCUCGGAGGAAGUGCAGCUCCAGAGGUCACACUCGAUGACCUGAUAUCGCUGUCGAGCGACCCGGCGGCCACAGAGAAGGCGCUGGACUUCCGAACUCUGAAGCUGUCGCUGGACUCUGGCCGAGGAAGUCUGCAACUGCGGAAGAACAUCGCUGCAUUGUAUUCAUCCUCAUCGUCGUCGUCCUCCUUCUCCGCCUCCUCCAGUGACAAUGCUCAAACGCAUAUCACACACGAAAUCUCCCCGGAGCACGUCAUCACAGCGACCGGCACGACAGGAGCGAACUCAGUGAUCUUCCAGGCUCUUUUGAGCCCCGACGACCAUGCGAUCUGCAUGUACCCAACAUACCCGCAGCUGCUGGGCCUGGCCGAGCGCUUCGCCGGCGAAGUGUCGUACUGGAAAAGCGACCCUGCAACGGGAUGGGUACCAGACCUGGACGAACUGCGGCGACUAAUCAAACCAUCGACAAAACUGCUCGUGUUGAACAAUCCGAACAACCCUACAGGGUGGCACUUUGAGGCCGACUUGCAACGACAGAUUAUCGACAUUGCGCGCGAGAAGAACAUUAUCGUCUUUGUCGAUGAGAUUUUCAGACCUCUUUUCCAUGCCAUAAAACCACCACCCUCAUUCAUAGCGCAUGCCGAGUCCUACCCGAAGAUCAUUGUGACGAGUUCUGUGAGCAAGGCUUGGGCGUUGUCCGGGGCACGUGUGGGAUGGGUCAUCUGUCGCGACCAGUCUCUGCUGGAUACCCUGUGGAAUGUGAGGCAUUUUGCCUUCGAGUCCAUCAGUGCCUUCGAUGAGGCCGUUGCCACCGAAGCUUUGAGUGUUCGUUGUCGUCCGGCUUUGUUGCAACGGACCCUUGACUUUGGUGCGCAGGAUCUGGUGUUGCUGGAUGCUUUCAUCGAGAAGAAUAAGGACUUGUGCUCCUGGAUGAGACCAGUCGCAGGAGCGGCUGGCUUUGUCAGGUUUUCAGAUGCAGAUGGAAACGCGCUUGAUGAUGUCGAGUUCUGCCAGGCACUGGUGAGGGAGAAAGGGGUGUUGUUGACUCCUGGAAGUCUUUGCUUUGGUGGUGCCUCACAUGGCGAUUUCAAGGGCUAUGUGCGAGUACAUUUCACCGCGUUCCCGGAUACGUUGAAGAAGGGGUUGUCUUUGAUUGACGAAUUCCUGCAGGAGAGGUAUCGCAAGUGAUUGACGGGGAGGGUCAUAUGGGGGAACUCGUGGCGUUCAUAAGGUUUUCUCCGCCUGUGGUCUUGGUGAAUGGAUUCCAUGUAUAUUCCAUACCAUAAUGGUUCUGGUGCACUGGAAAAAUGGACGAUGAUCGCAAGAUUCCAUGAGGACAAUAUAUGCCACGUAUGAACAACAUUUCCUGGCUGGCUCCAGGUCGAUGAAUGCAUACCUAGGCAGUUCUAGGGUGCCCCAUCCCAAGAAGACAGUCACGCAUGCCUGGCUGUCCUGGUAUAAGGUAGAGCGCUGGACCCCUUGGCCAUGUACCAGUGCCUCUUUGGUACAGGUUUCGAUCCCUCUCUGCAGCUGACGGGACAAACAUCAUCGGGCCACAUUAUACCACGUUGCGCCCCUGGUCUAAGACGCGGCUUCUCCAUGGCAAGUCCAGAAAAUAGGAGGAUAGAGUCACCUUCUCUGC